CAUGGUAUUAUGCUAAAUUUACUUACAUUUUAGGAUGAAGAAUUUCAUAUAGAUCAAAUGCAGCAUUAUUUAGACUCAGAUUUUGCUUAUUGGAAUCCUAAAUUGACAACUCCACCUAUGCUUUAUUUUCUAAAUUACCCUUUUAUUGUUUUACUAUCUAAAAUGGGAUUUAGCAUAUUAACAUCCUGCAGAUUAAUUAACACGUAUAAUUAUAUUAAAUAAUAGGUUUAUAUAUCCAACUAUUACAUUUAUGGUAUUAUCAAAAUCUUUUUAAGAUAAACAAAAGGCAUUAUUAUUUUGUAUUCUCCCAACCAUUUAUUUUUAUAACUUUUUAUUCUAUACAGAUACUUUAUCAAUUACGUUAUUAUCGUUAUCUUUUCAAUUUUUGUAGUAAAAGUAUUAUUUUAUUUCCUCAAUUGUAAAUUUAUGAUAUUUACUUAUAGUUUUCAUUGUGCUCUGUGAUGAGUCGAUAAACUAAUAUAUUAUGGAUUAUUUACAUUUGUAUUAAAGAUUAUUUAGAUUAAAAUUAAACUAAGUUAUAAUUUAAAGAUCCUAGAUUAUGUAAUAUUAUUAAUUAUUAAACAUAGCUAUUUUAUUUCAUAUUAAUGCAUUGUUCAAUAUGAUUAUUAGAGAUUUUAAGAUCAUAAUGAGAAACUACAAAUAUCAUAUAUUCAUAUUUAUACUAUUUAUUGGAUUCCUAUAUAAAAAUGGUGGAGUUGUGUUAGGAGAUAGAGAUAAUCAUUAAUUAGUAUUUCAUGCUGCUUAAAUCAUGUACUUUUUACCAGUCUUAUUUAUUUAUUUUCCAAUAAAUUGGGAUACUCUAUUAUAAUAUACUUAAUUAUCCAUUAAGAGAUUACUUUUAUCUAGAAAUGCUAAAUUUACAUAUUUAAUAAUACUAUUAAUAUGUUUAGAGAUUGUUCAUAAUUGGACUCAUAUACAUCCCUUUAUCUUAAGUGAUAAUCGCCAUUAUGUGUUUUACAUUUGGAGAAAAAUUCUGUCUAAAGAUGUUUAUCGUUAUGGUUUAUGCUUUAUAUAUGCAUUAAUUUUCGUAAUUCUAAGCAGAAUCUUAAUCAGUAAAUUAAUAAUUAUAAUUUUAUAGUUCGCAAAGAAUAAACGUUUUAAUUAAUUUUAUUAUUCAUCUUUACAGCUUUUUCUCUUAUAUUUAGUCCUCUAAUUGAACCAAGAUAUUUUAGUAUUCCAUUAUUGUUUUUUUAUUAUCAUUGCUAAUUUGCAGAAUAAAGUUUAAAAAAACAACUCAUAGUGUUUACUUUAAUAAAUUGCAUAAUUAUUUAUGUAUUUUGUGAAGUUAAGUUUUCUUGUGAUUUUCCAUAAUGUAGAUUUAUGUUUUGA